UGCGUCUCAUUAGACAUGCCAUCUUCUCCAGCUAAGGUGGAUUUCUUUCCUGUCAGUGAGCGUCCGACGCCUCAGAAUGAUUCAUCAGUCAGCUGUUGGUUAUUCUGCUCUCUUGUCUUAUUGUCAGCUUCCUCUCAGGGCUUUCUGCUCUUUUGCUCUCUGAUCUCUGGCAGGACCAUCACCAACAAUCUGCCAAGUGUUCCACUGCCCAGGGUUCCCAACCUGCCUCUGAACCUCCCUCAGAUGCCCAGCUUCUCAGCCCCUUCCUGGAUGGGGCCGCAGUGUGACAGCACUAACGGCUCGGCCACAUCAGAAGAUCUAUUCUGGAAGCUGGAUGCUCUUCAGAUGUUCGUGAUGGACCUGCACUGGCCAGAGCCGGAGUUCGCCAAACAUCUGGAGCAGAGGCUCAAACUGAUGGCUAGUGAUAUGAUGGAGGCUUGUGUCAAAAGGACCAAAGCUGCCUUUGACUCUAAAAUGCAGAAAUCUUGCAAGUCGACUGAUUUCCGCAUCCCCUUGUCUGUGUGCACAAUGUUCAAUGUUCUCAUGGAUGCCAAGAAGCAGUGCUCCAAGCUCUGUGUUCUUGACCAAGGUCAGGAGGUUGAACAACAGUGGCAGCAGUACCACUCAAAAAUCGAUGUCUUGAUCGAUGAGGCCUUUAAGGAUAUGAUCUCCUCCUUGGUCUCAAAGUUUGCAGCUGUUCUGGAUGGGGUGUUGUCCAAAAUCUCACGAUAUGAUGAGGGAACAUUCUUCUCCUCCAUCCUGUCUUUCACAGUAAAAGCAGCAGCCAAAUAUGUGGAUGUCCCAAAACCCGGUAUGGAUCUAGCAGAUACCUACAUCACCUUUGUACGACAGAAUCAGGAUAUUCUGCGAGACCGUGUGAACGACGAGAUGUACACUGAAAAGAUAUUUGACCAAUGGUACUGCUCUUUGAUGAAGGCGGUGUGCGCCUGGCUGACGGACAGACUCGACCAGCAGCUGCAUGUUUACCAACUCAAAACUCUCAUCAAGAUUGUCAAGAAGUCGUACCGUGACUUCAGGCUGCAGGGCGUGUUAGACACCACAUUGAACAACAAGACCUACGAGACCGUUUACAACCGUCUCACUAUCGAGGAAGCCACGGCGGCCGUGUCGGCCACAGACGGUCUGCAGGGCAUUACCAUGAGGGACAGUGAUGAAGAGGAGGGUUAACAUCCCAUCUGCUGGACAGUCAUAAACUUGAUAUGAAGAGGUCUGAUUCCAGCUCUCCUGAUUGGAGAUCACGCUUCAUGCUCCCUAGCCAGUGCUGCACUGCCCUCUUGUCUAAGCCGAUUUCACCAUGCUUGUAUAAAACUAUCAUUGGCCACUUUACAGACAGCUAAAGUGUCUCCGUCGUUCUGUAUUUGAUGUGCAGUGAUACGGUGGCUCAUCCCAAGGCAAGCUCGAAUAGCGGGAAGCACUUGUAGGCACAAAAUUCCCCACAAAGAACCAGGCGAUGAUUUGUAAGUGUAUCGUGGACACUUUGUACCACAGUGAAAACUAUAAAUACAGAGCGUGAGGGAAGUAGUGUCUGCUUAUAUGCUUUUUUUUUUUCUUGCAUCAGCUUCAGAUCCUCAGGCCAAAGCUCUAAAUAUGAUGGAUGAAAUGCUAGUUGUUCACUGUAGUAAAGUCGUGACACUGUUCCACUCAAUAGCUAUGAAUUCACAUUCAGAUUCUUCUGUUGAAAUAACCGCCGAGUCUGUCAUGUAUAGUAUGCUGUCGAUGUCCAACUAUGUUUCAGAUGAAAGAAAAUGACACUGGGUUUUAAUGAGAGCUGUAUAUUUCUAGUCCUUGUGCACCUGAGAUUGCCCAGGUGUCUUUAAGUGUUAGGCUACAAUAAAAGUGUUUUUAAUGUCA